AUGCUUACAAGGCUCACCACCGUGGCCUGCCUGGGCGGGCUUUGGGUCUUCCUCUACACCAUUUACCAUCUCGCUACACUCUUUCUUCACAGGAGACGCUCCAAGAGGCUUUCCUGCGAGCCAUGUCCAGCCGUCGCUAGUGGCCCUCUGGGUAUCGGGCUGUUCCUUGAUUUGAAAAAUGCCCACAGCCAAGGGCAAAUAGCGAACAGGGUUCGAAACAUGCACCUACAGAACGGAAAUACCAUUCGACUUGAUCCCCCGGGUGGCACGAUAAUACUCACCUGCGAGCCUGAGAACAUCCAGGCCAUCCUUGCCUCUCAGUUCUCCAGCUUCGGCCUAUCGUACUUCCGUCAUAAACAGUACCAUCCCUUGUUUGGAGAUGGCAUCUUCACAUCUGACGGGAAGCGCUGGGAAAGCUCGCGGAAGCUACUGCGGCCACAGUUUACACACAGCGAGAUACCAGAAAUUGAGUGGUUUGACGGCCAUGUAAAGCGCUUCAUUGGGGCUCUUCCCCCAGACGGCCAGGCUUUCGAUUCCCAGAAACUGUUCUUCCGUCUGGCUCUGGAUUCCGCGACCGACUUUCUCUUUGGCGAGUCGGUUUACUCUCUUUCUUCUGCGGCAUCCAACCAGACUGGAGUUGCCGAGUCCUCUUACAAAGGCCGACAAGGCUUUGCCGAAGCGUUUGACUACGCACAAUACGUACUCUUCCAGCGCACAAUCGCCCUCCACCUUUACUGGCUGAUCAAUCCGUCCAAGUUCCGGCGCUCGAACGAAACUGUUCAUCGGUUCGUUGAUUAUUAUGUUGAAAAGGCGCUUCGUCAAACGGACCAGGAGAAAGGAGACACCCAGCAGCGAUAUUGUUUCCUCCAGGCAUUAGCCCUUCAAUCUAAGGAUGCUAAGGUACUCAGGGAUCAGAUGGUCAAUGUUCUUCUAGCCAGUCGAGAUGACACCGCCAGUCUUCUUAGCUCCAUCUUCUAUUUCCUCGCGCGAAACCAGGAGGUCUGGGAUAAACUCAAAGCCGAAGUACGGGAGGCGUCAAAUGCAAGCCCAGUCACGUUAAAGAAAAUUCAGGGCUUACCAUACUUACGCGCUAUCGUCAGCGAAGCCCUGAGACUAUUCCCCCCAGUGCCAAUCAACGCUCGAGUAGCCAAUCACAACACUACUAUCCCCGUGGGAGGUGGACCGGAUGGUCGAUCGCCCGUAUAUAUCAAGGAAGGCCAGACUGUAGGGUACUCAGUGUGGUCGGUCCAUCGUCGAACAGAUAUCUGGGGGCCAGAAGCCGAGGUCUUCCGUCCAGAACGGUGGGAAGAGAGCAAGCAGAACGCCUGGGAGUUCCUGCCUUUCAACGGGGGCCCUCGUGCUUGUCUUGGACAGCAAUUUGCCAUAAUCCAGGCCAGCCAUCUAGCGUUUCGAAUUGCGCAGGAGUUUGAGACCCUGGAUAAUGCGGAUCCCGGUCCAGAUCUGGGCACACAUCCACCCAUGCGACAGACGCUGACAAUGUGUCAUCAGAAUGGUGUUCAUGUUCGACUUCACAGGAAGAGGGAUUGUAAGUUGGUUUGA